UAAAAACCGCGUGUGGAAUGAUCUGCGCCACUCGGGAAACAACUCAUCGACUAAACUCACUGUUUUUAGCACUUUAUUUUUUAUUAUUUUUUAUAGAGUAUAUUAUCUUUAUAGAUAGAACAAUGGAAACGACAUAUAAGUAUUUCCCCGUUAUUCUCCUAUGUCUGAGUAUUAACCUAUUCAGCUAUGCGUGGUAUUCACCUGUGGAUCUAUAUGACAAAGUGGUGGAGCUCGUGUCGCCAGGAGAGGAAUACCUGGAUGAAAUGUCAGUUCUCUCCUUUUUCAAACUGUUAGAGAAGCGUGUGCAGUGCCCUGGUGUGUCGUGUGAAAAGUGCCUCUCUGUGCAGUCAGUAGACCAGCUGGUGGGUAACUUUACCAGCACUGGUGGUCUCCUUCACAACGAGGGCUUCUUCAGAGUAGCGGCAGGAUGCCACCUCUACCUCAGCUCUCCCACCGAGGCCUGCUCUGCCGUGAGGGCAGGGAGGUGGGGGGAUGAGACGGACCACCUCAUCCAGGAAAUCACAGGCCAUGACCACCACAGGCACAGGGAUGGGCAUGGACACGGAGACAUGGAGAGCAGUGGGAUAGAGACUCUGCUCCGAAACAUGGAGAAGCACUACAAGCCUGAUCAGCAGUACGACCAGCACUGUCUCACUGGCCAAGACAUCUUAGAGGAGAGCAGCGCGUCAACUAGUGAUGGUGACCCUCACAACACAGAUGUGUUGUUUGGAUACAUAGUUUACCAUGCUUUACGAGGUGACUGCAUGACAGCCAGAGCACUACCUGAAGAAGAGUAUUUUUUGGAUUUCAUACUCAACCGCUUCGGCUCUGACAACAUCACUAUUCAUGAGCUGGAAGGUAUUAUGAAGAGCUUGCAACUGGGUGGAAUCCACAAAGAGGAACACGAUCAUGAACAUGGAGAUCAAGAUGGACACAACAAUGACCAUGGUCAUGAUGAUCAUAGUCACCACAGUACCGCUAGCGGGGGUCGAGGUGCUCAGAGUUGUUGGGGGGGUCGAGGUGGAAGUGCAGCCUUCAGGCAGAGUCACGAGGAGGGGUACCACCAGAGGAACAUCAGCAGCUGGGACCUGACAUGUUUCAGCCCAGAGGAACUGGUAAAGAUCCAUGGGCUGAAUGGAUCUAGCCUGUCCAGGUAUGACGUGGCCCGGCUUAGCCCAGCCCUGGUCCAGCAGAUCCUCAGUGGGGCCUGCAACAGCACCUCUCCCCCCACUGGACCAUCAGACCAGCUCAGUACCAUAGAGAAGUAUGUGUAUGCCACCAUCGCCAAUCUUCUGAUCUGUCUGGCCGCUGUGGUUGGCGUUGUGGUGCUGCUGUGUACUUCCUGUAGUAGUGUCUUCCAGCUCAUCAUCCAGUUCUGUGUCAGCCUGGCCGUGGGCUCCCUCACUGGGGACGCCCUGUUGCACCUCCUGCCUAUGUUCCUAGGCCUCCAUGUUCACAGUGAAGGAACAGACCACAGCCACUCAGAGGAGGUUCCAGACUACAUCUAUAAGAUACUGGUGCUGAUGGCUGGAAUCUACUGCUUCUAUCUCAUGGAGACUAUUUUCUCCAUCAUCACCACGCACCAUGCUCCGCAUCACCAUGGGGUGGAGUCUGAGCCCCAUCACUGUGACCAUGGUAAAGUCGUGGAGAUGUACCUGCAGGACAAAAAGAACAAGCAGUCUGUAUCGCAGACAGACCUGGUUGAUAGCAAUGACACAGAGAAAGCCUUUCCAGAACAAAACCAACACUCAAGAGAACAGCGUCUGCUACCCUACAUGGUUACCAUAGGGGACGGGAUACAUAACUUUGCCGAUGGCCUGGCUAUCGGAGCAGCCUUUUCUGUUUCCUGGAAGUCAGGUCUUGCCACGUCUCUGGCUGUGUUCUGUCAUGAGCUGCCUCACGAACUGGGUGACUUCGCUAUCCUGCUGCACAGCGGGGUGUCAGUGAAGAAGGCCUUGAUGCUGAACGUGGCCAGUGCCCUCACAUCCUUCAUCGGUCUCUACAUCGCCCUCACCAUCUCUACUGACCUGGCCACCAAGCAGUGGAUCGCUGCCAUCACCUCUGGUCUCUUCCUUUACGUGGGUCUGGCUGAUAUGCUCCCCACCAUGGUCCAUGUGGACAACCGUAGGCCCUGGCUCAUGUUCCUGCUGCAGAACGUAGGACUGCUGUCUGGCUGGGGCAUCCUGCUCCUCCUCUCUCUAUAUGAGGAUACAAUUGGCUUCUAGAGCCUCCCAUUCCUUACACUGUACAGUACAAUACAAUUACAAAUGACACUAUGUAGGCUAUGCUGUAUUUCAUCUGUUUUACUGUAUCUGUAACACGCUUGGUAUUUCUAUAUGAUACAACGUUUCCUGACAUUACUUUUCUCGAUGUUAUACACAGUAUGAGCAUACAGGCUAGUUCUGGUGUAUCUUAUGCAUCUAACACAUAGAAGUAUAAUCUGUUGGUCUUCUGUGUGGACACAUCCUGCCGUAGGUGCUAAUGCUACUAUUUGAAGGGAUAUCAUCUGAAUGUGAUUAGUUCAAACUGUAAAUUAUACAACCUAUAUUUAUAAUGGGACUCACAGGUCCUCAGGCUACUUCCUCUCUAAUUGUCACACCUUUUGUAUUAACCUCAUGUACAGUGUCUUCAGAAAGUAUUCACACCCCUUGACUUUUUCCACGUUUUGUUGAGUUAACGCCUGAAUUGAAAAUGGAUUCAAAUGAGAUCUUGUGUCACAGGCUUAUAAAAGAAUACCCCAUCAUGUCAAAGGGGAAUUAUGUUUUUAGAAAUGUUUACAAAUUAAUUAAAAAUUAAAAGCUGAAAUUUCUUGAGUCAAUAAGUAUUCAACCCCUUUGUUAUGUCAAACCUAAAUAAGUUCAGGAGUAAAACUGUGCUUAACAAGUCACAUAAUAAGUUGCAUGGACUCACUGUGUGCAGUAAUAGUGUUUAACAUCAUUUUUUGAAUGACUACCUCAUCUCUGUACCCCACACAUACAAUGAAUUAUCUGUAAGGUCCCUCAGUAGAGCAAUUAAUUUCAACCACAAAGAACAGGGAUGUUUUCCAAUGCCUCGCAAAGAAGGGCACCUAUUGAUAGAUGGGUAAAAAUGAAAAAAGCAGACAUUGAAUAUUUUUUUGAGCAUGGUGAAGUUAUUAAUUACACUUUGGAUGAUGUAUCAAUACACCCAGUCACUACAAAGAUACAGGCGUCCUUCCUAACUCAGUUGCCGGAGAGGAAGGACACCGCUCAGGGAUUUCACCGUGAUGCCAAUGGUAACUUUAAAACAGUUACCAUGGCUGUGACAGGAGAAAACUGAUGGAUCAACAACAUUGUAGUUACUCCACAAUAGUAACCUAAUUGACAGAGUUAAAAUAAGGAAGCCUGUACAGAAUACAAAUAUUCUAAAACAUGCAUCCUGUUUGCAACAAGGCACUAAAGUAAAACUGCAAAAAAUGUGGCAAAGUGAGGAACUUUAUGGCCUGAAGACAAAGUGUUAUUUUUGGGGAAAAUCCAACAAAACAAAUCACGGAGUAACACUGCAUAUUUUGAAGCAUGGUGGUAGCUGCAUCAUGUUAUAGGUAUGCUUGUCAUCGGUAGAGGACUAGGGAGUGUUUUAUGAUAAAAAAAGAAACAGAAUGGAGCUAAGCAUAGGCAAAAUCCUAGAAGAAAACCAGGUUCAGUCUGACAAAGUCACCUUUCAGCAGGACAAUAACCUUAAACACAAGGCCAAAUCUACACUGGAUGUGCUUACUAAGAUGAUAAUAUAUAAUAUAAUAAUAAUAUAAUAAUAAUAAUAAUAUAUGCCCAUUUAGCUGACGCUUUUAUCCAAAGCGACUUACAGUCAUGUGUGCAUACAUUCUACGUAUGGGUGGUCCCGGGAAUCGAACCCACUACCCUGGCGUUACAAGCGCCAUGCUCUACCAACUGAGCCACAGAAGGACCACGAUGACAUUGAAAGUUCCUGAGUGGCCUAGUUACAUCAAAUCAAAUAUUACUGUGAAAUGCUGAAUACAACAGGUGUAGACUUUACCGUGAAAUGCUUACUUACAAGCCCUUAACCAACAAUGCAGUUCAAGAGAGUUAAGAUAAUAUUUACUAAAUAAACUAAGGUAAAAAAAUUAAGUGACAGAAGAAAAUUACAUAACAAUAACGAGGCUAUAUACAGGGGAUACCGAUACCGAGUCAAUAUGUGGGGGUACAGGUUAGUCGAGGUAUUUUGUAUAGUGACUAUGCAUAGAUAAUAAACAGCGAGUAGCAGCAGUGUAAGAAGAGAGGGGUCCUGGAUAUAGGUCUUGGAUGGUCCUGGAUAGUAGGAAGCUUGGCCCCAGUGAUGUACUGAGCCGUACACACUACCCUCUGUAGCGUCUUGUGGUCAGAUGCCGAGCAGUUGCCAUACCAGGCGGUGAUGCAACUGGUCAGGAUGUUCUCGAUGGUGCAGCUGUAGAACCUUUUGAGGUUCUGGGGAUCCAUGCUAAAUCUUUUCAGUCUCCUGAGGGGGAAAAGGUGUUGUCGUGCCCUCUUCACAACUGUCUUGGUGUGUUUGGACCAUGAUAGUUCGUUGGUGGACACCAAGGAACUUGAAACUCUCGACUCGUUCCACAGGGGGCCUGUUCGGACCUUCUUUUCCUAUGUUCCACGAUCAGCUCCUUUGUCUUGCUCACAUUGAGGGAGAGGUUGUUGUCCUGGCACCACACUGCCGUGUCUCUGACCUCCUUUCUAUAGGCUGUCUCAUCGUUGUCGGUGAUCAGGCUGUUGUGUCGUCAGCAAACUUAAUGAUGGUGUUGUAGUCGUGCUUGGCCACGCAGUCGUGGGUGAACAGGGAGUACAGGAGGGGACUGAGCACUCACCCCUGAGGGGCCCCAGUGUUGGGGGUCAGUGCGGCAGAUGUGUUUUUACCUACCCUUACCACCUGGGGGUGGCCCGUCAGGAAGUCCAGGAUCCAGUUGCAGAGGGAGGUGUUUAGUCCCAGGGUCCUUAGCUUAGUGAGGAUCUUUGUGGGUACUAUGGUGUUGAAUGCUGAACUGUAGUCAAUGAACAGCAUUCUCACAUAGGUGAUCCUUUUGUCCAGGUGGGAAAGUGCAGUGUGGAGUGCGAUUGAGAUUGCGUUAUCUGUUGGGGCGGUAUACGAAUUGGAGUGGGUCUAGGGUUUCCGACAUGAUGGUGUUGAUGUGAGCCAUGACCAGCCUUUCAAACAUCUAUAGCAAGACUUAAAAAUGGUUGUGUAGCAAUGAUCAACAACCAACUUGACAGAGCUGGAAGAAUUUAAAAUAAUAAUAAUAAUCAUAAAAAUAUUUUAGAAUUCAGAUGUGCAAAACUCUUAGACUUACCCAGUAAGACUCACACCUGUAGUUGCUGCCAAAGGGGAUUCUAACAUGUAUUGACUCAGGGGUGUGAAUACUUGUGUACUGUACAUGAGAUAUUUCUGUAUUUUGUUUUUAAUAAAUGUACAAACAUUUCUAAAAAACAUGCCUCCACUUUGUCAUUAGGAGGUAUUGUGUGUAGAUGUGGUGAGAAAAAGAAAUACAUGUAAAAUCCUUUACGAAUUCAGGCUGUAACACAACAACACGCGGAAUAAGUCAAAAGGUAUGAAUACUUUCUGAUGCUACUGUACGUGGCAGCGUGCACUGUAGGUAGAUGCUGUUUGAAUUUGUGAUCUUCUGAAGUGUGAAGUUGAUGCAAGUGUACACAGUGUGUAUGAAUGUGAGAAUGUGACAGGCUUAUGGUGAGUUGAAGAUAAGAUUUCAAUGUUAAGUUUAUAGUCAAUUGAGGCUUUUUUUUAAAGACUUGAUUGAGGAAAAAUUAUGAAGUAGCUUAUAGGUGGUGUAUGUGUUCAAAUGGACCACUGGAGGGAGCUCUGAGACUCAUAAUAUUAUCUAUUUCCUGUUGCCUUGAAAUUCAUCCCAGACACAUGGCCACAUUAGAGGAGAGAUACUGUAUGUCACCAUAGGACGUCUUUCCACAGCAAUGAUAGAUAAGUCGCAUUACCUUCAAAUUACAAGGUUCUAUCUGCAAAAAGAUGACUCUAAGAUAAUUGGCUUUAAAGUACCAACCCCCCCCCCAUUGGCUUGAAU